GCAGAUUAAUGUUUAAUUUCAAAUUUAAAAAAUGAUCGCCAAUUUGGAAAUUUUCUGUGGCAUAAUAGUAGUACUUAUUGCGUUCUAUUAUUAUAUAACGGCUCGAAACAAUUUUUGGAAAAUUCGUGGUAUACCUGGACCAGAACCUCUACCUGGAUUCGGCAAUGUCUUGAUGAUAGUUUUAGGAAAGGAAGCGCCUUAUCAAUUUUUAAAGAGGGUGUACAAUGAAUAUAAAAACGAAGCUUUGAUCGGAGUAUUUAUGAAAACAUAUCCUGCCUUGAUUGUCAAAGAUCCCGAUCUUAUCAAGGAUAUUAUGAUUAAAGAUUUUUGCAAGUUUCCUAAUCGAGGAUUCCCAAAAAGUGAUCCAGUAGAUCCACUGAGCCAGCAUCUCUUCUUAGUGGAGGCAGAGAGAUGGCGACCAAUGCGAAUGAAACUUUCACCGAUAUUCACAUCCGGAAAACUGAAAGAGAUGUUCUCCCUUAUAGUGGAAAGCGCGGGAAAUUUAGAGAAAUAUUUGGACGAUGUGAUAAAAAAGAAUGAAAUAGUGGAAUGCCGUGAUUUAGCUGCAAAAUUUACGACCGACGUUAUCGGCAGCUGCGCUUUUGGGAUCAACACAAAUUCCCUUUUGGAUGAGGAUAGUGAAUUUCGUAGAAUGGGCAAAAAGAUUUUUUCACCUACUUUGAAAUUGAUGAUCGGAAAUACUUGUAAAGUACUUUUUCCAUCUUUGUACGAAGUAAUCGGUAAUAUGUUUACAAUGAAAGACGUCGAUGAAUUUUUUAUAAAUUUGGUCAGUGAUACAAUGAAAUAUAGAAAGGAUAACAAUAUAAUUCGAUCAGAUUUUAUCAAUAUGCUCAUGCAACUGAAAGAACAUCCAGAGAAAAUGGACAAUAUUGAAUUAACAGAUACUUUGUUAACUGCGCAAGCAGUCGUCUUCUUCGUUGCCGGAUUCGAAACUUCUUCAUCGACGAUGGCAUUUAGUCUUUACGAGUUAGCUCAAAAUCAAGAAAUACAAGAUAAAUUACGGCAAGAAAUUAGAAAAAUGGACGAGAAAAAUAACGGAGUAUUGACAUAUACGGAUAUCAAAGAAAUGAAAUAUUUGGAUAAGGUAUUUAAAGAAACCUUAAGGAAAUAUCCAAUAUUGUCGAUGUUAUCUAGAAAAGCGAUGGAAAAUUAUACAUUUAAAGGUACUAAAAUUACAAUACCAAAGGGCACGAAGUUAUGGGUGCCAGUAUAUGGUAUUCAACAUGAUCCAAAUAUUUAUCCGAAACCUGAAGUAUUCGAUCCCGAAAGAUUCGAGGAUGAUGCUGUCGCUGACAGACAUCCUAUGAGUUAUUUGCCAUUUGGCGAUGGGCCAAGAAAUUGUUUUCAGGUGCUCGUUUUGCGCAUUAUCAAAGCAAGGUUGGUCUUACGACAAUUCUUCGCAAUCACAAAGUUAAUGUUUGUGAAAAAACCACGAUUCCCUUCAAAUCUGAUGAACGUAGCUUUUUAUUGGCGAUACAACAUGGAUUAUUUUCAACUUCUCUGCGCCAUUGGAGCGUUAUUGUUCGCGAUUUAUUAUUACUUCACUUUAACUUUUGACACAUGGAAGAAUCAUGGCAUACCUGGACCAAAACCUAUGAUCUUUUUUGGUAAUUUCCAAGAAGUUAUCUUCAAAAAAAUAUCACUGGCCGAAAAAACAAAACAAUUAUAUCAAGAAUACAAAAACGAGUUAGUUUUUGGAGUAUUUCAAGGAAGAUCUCCUAUUCUUGUUGUUAACGAUUUGGAUAUGAUCAAGGAUGUUCUCAUUAGAGAUUUCAGCUUAUUCGCGGAUCGAGGAAUUCAUGUAAAUCCUAAGGUAGAACCAAUAUUUCAAACUCUCUUCGCAUUGGAAUCUAAAACAUGGCGACCAUUGAGAACGAAACUCUCUCCAGUAUUUACAUCAGGCAAAUUAAAGGAUAUGUUCCCUCUUAUACUGGAUUGCGCAAAAAAUUUAGAGGAAUACGUAGAAAAAGUAAGAAAGAGCGGAGAACCGGUGGACUGUCGUGAUAUGGCUGCAAAAUUCACGACCGACGUAAUUGGCAGCUGCGCGUUCGGAGUGUGCAUGAAUUCUCUUUCGCCCGAAGGAAGCGAAUUUCGUCGAAUGGGGGAAGAACUUGGCAAAUUCAGCUUCAAACGCUUAGCUAGAGAUUUUACCAGGCUAUAUAUGCCAUUUUUGUUCGAUAUAAUUGGUGGUUACUUACAAUCGCACGAAAUUAACAACUUCUUUAUAAAUCUAAUCCGUGACUCGAUCAAAUAUAGACAGGAGAAUAACGUAUUCAGACCAGAUUUUGUCAACACGUUGAAAGAACUAAAGGAACAUCCAGAAAAAUUAGAAAAUAUUGAAUUAACCGAUGCGCUUCUCACUUCGCAAGCACUCGUCUUCUUCCUCGCUGGAUUUGAAACAUCUUCGACAACUAUUUCGAAUGCUCUCUACGAGUUAGCUCAAAAUCAGGAAAUGCAAGAUAAAUUACGAGAAGAAAUAAAAGAAGUUUGCAAGAAUAAUGACGGAGCAUUUUCAUAUACAGAUGUGAAAGAAAUGAAGUAUUUAGACAAAGUGUUUAAAGAAACACUGAGAAAGUAUCCAGUAUUGCCGGUACUAAGCAGACAAGCGAUGGAAAAUUAUACGUUUAAAGAUACUAAAAUUAAAAUAUCGAAAGGGACAAAAAUAUGGAUACCAGUAUAUGGAAUUCAACAUGAUCCAAAUAUUUAUCCGGAACCUGAAGUAUUCGAUCCCGAAAGAUUUGAGGAUGAUGCUGUCGCUGACAGACAUCCUAUGAGUUAUUUGCCAUUUGGCGAUGGGCCAAGAAAUUGCAUCGGUGCACGCUUUGCUAAUUAUCAAGUCAAACUCGGUUUAAUUAUGAUUCUUCGUAAUUACAAAGUGGAAGUUUGCGAGAAAACUAUGAUUCCCUAUCAAUUCGAUCCAAAUUUAUUUCUAUUAGGUCCCAAAGGAGGGAUAUAUUUAAAAAUAACGAAAGUAGAAAGUUAGUUGUAUUAUAUUUUUAUAUAAACAACAAAUUU